AUGAAAUUUGAGGAACUCCUCAUGGAAGCUUCACAGCAACACAGUAACAAGAGACAUGACGUAGAGGAAGGAGUAAUGCAUCUUAAAGAGAAACUAGAGGAUGAGGAAGCACUUAGUAGAACUUUACGCUCUGCUUUCGAUGGCUCUGCUGUUUCGCUCCCAAGUCUCUCCUCAUUGUAUAUUCCACCUCAGUUUUCCGAGCUUAUACAAGAGCUAGCCGUUGUGGAGGCAGAGAUUCUCUGUCUAGACCGAAAAAUCGAGGAGCUGAAGCUUAAACUGUACUACGAACAGAGGCAAACGCAAGAGAUGACUGAGCAGAAGAGGACACUGGCGAGACAGAAUCAUGUGAGACGCAAUAGCUUGCCACUAAAACAUGAUCUUCAUCAACGAUCUUUGUCACAUCACUACCAACGCUCUGCUCUAGAUAUUGUCCCAAGUACUCACUCAAGGCUCUCGUUCUCUUAUGCUCCCGGUUUCUUGGAUGCCACUUCUUCAGGUGGCUUCACAGAUGAAUUUGAUGGGUUUUCAAGAACGCAGAUGGGUAGAGUGAGAAAGGGGCUUGGGCUUGUGGAAGAGAAGACCAAAGCCGACCCAAACGAAGUUUCUGAACAGCUCAUAAACUGUCUCAUAGGCAUUUAUUUGGAACUGAAUCAGGUUUCAUCAAAGACCAAAGGAGAUGUCGAGUUUUCGAGAAGGCCCUCUUCUUGUAGCCGGAAAUCAAACACAUAUAGUUAUUAUCAGAACGCAAUGAAUCUUGAUCCUUAUCACGUAUUGCCAGACUCAAGCGGAGGAUUCACUAGAGACAUUGGCCCUUACAAGAACUUCAUUCACAUUUCAAGAAAUUCCAUCGAUGUGACCCGUUUUACCCAUUAUUGUUCACCGGCUGUUCCACGCUUGAGUGCUUUGAUGGAAAAGCUUUCAGAAGUGGAUUUGAGUUUCUUGACUUACAAGCAAAAACUGGCUUUCUGGAUCAAUAUCUACAACGCUUGUAUCAUGCAUGCUUUUCUUGAGUAUGGGUUGCCUUCGUCGCACAAUAAACUACUUACCUUAAUGAACAAGGCUUCACUCAAUGUCGGUGGCAUAGUCCUCAACGCUUUGGCGAUUGAACAUUUUGUCUUGCGACAUCCUUGUGAACCAGAACAUGACUCGCUUGAUGAGAAAGAAACUCUGUUGCGGCACACUUAUGGUUUAGGAUAUUCAGAGCCUAACGUGACAUUUGCGCUUUGCCGUGGAAGUUGGUCUUCACCAGCACUUAGAGUCUAUACAGCAGAUGAGGUAGUGAAUGAUUUAGGAAGAGCAAGAGUGGAGUAUCUAGAAGCUUCGGUGGGUGUUUCGAGCAAGAAAAAGAUUGUGGUUCCACAGCUUCUACAAUGGCACAUGAAAGAUUUUGCUGAUGAUAUUGAAUCCCUUUUGGAAUGGAUCUAUAGCCAGUUGCCGCGAUCAGGGAACCUGAAGGCCAUGGUUAUGGACUGUUUAAAGAGAAAAAUAAAAGUUCCUUUAGCUAAAAUGGUAGAGAUUCAAACAUAUGGACAUGAGUUUCGUUAUCUAUUAUCAUUGUAA